AUGAAGGGCUCCCGCAGAGCAGGAGCAAGAGGCAAGAGACAGAGGCGGGGCUCCGGGGCAGGCGGGAAAGGGGCGUUGUCGCUCCGCUGCAUCAGGGAGUUUGCCGCAGUUCCUUCCAGAGCCCCACCAUGGGACCCCCUGCCGCGGACCCUGGAGCUCUUUUAUGACGUGCUGUCCCCCUACUCCUGGCUUGGCUUCGAGGUCCUGUGUCGCUAUAAGAACAUCUGGACUGUUAACCUGCAGUUGCGCCCUCCCCUCAUUGCAGGCAUCAUGCAAGACAGUGGAAACAAGCCACCAGCUAUGCUUCCCCGCAGAGGCAAAUACUUGCUAAAUGACAUCAAGCUCCAGGGACAGCAUUUCCAGGUUCCCCUCAAUAGCCCCAAGGAUUUCUUACCUUUGUCCACAGGAAGUUUGUCGGCCAUGCGCUUCCUCACUGCUGUGAACAUGAAGCAUCCCGAGAUGCUGGAGAAAGUGUCCAGGGAACUCUGGUUGCGUGUCUGGUCACGGGAUGAAGAUAUCACGGAGCCCCAGAGUAUCAUGGCUGCUGCAGAAAAGGCUGGCAUGUCUUCAGAACAAGCCCGAAAGCUCCUGGAAAUGAUCUCAACAGCAGAAGUGAAGAACCAACUCAAGGAAACCACUAUGAAAGCCUGCAAGUAUGGGGCCUUUGGGCUGCCCUUCACUGUGGCCCAUGUGGAUGGCAAGACCCACAUGCUGUUUGGCUCUGACCGGAUGGAGUUGCUGGCCUUUUUGUUAGGAGAGAAGUGGAUGGGCCCUGUGCCUCAAGCGAUGAAUGCCAAGCUAUAAGGAUGCCCAGAGGAAGAAACAGACUGGUGUCAAAAGAAACCCAUCUGCUUGCUCCUCCUCCACUGUGGGGCACUAGGACACUAAUUCCCUAACUUUCCCAUUCUUGGGGUGUUUCGGAGGAGUUUAUGUGAGACAGCAUGUAUUCCGACUCUCAUGGAUACUUUUACUUCUGUGCCUCAUACUCUCAAGUGCCUUCAGAAGCCUCAAAAGUAUUUUUCCCACAAAAUAAACCUCAUGUAAUUAGAGCUUA